UAUAAAAACCAUGCAGUUAUAUGUUCUCUCCCUAUAUUAUCCCUCCCUUCCAUAAUACCCUACCAUUAAUUCCACCAUCCUCAUCUUUCCAACCCACCGUUUCCUUCCCCCAUUCCGAGACUACCGUCACCGCCACCACCAUUCCACUCUCAAAUUAAUGGCCGCCGCCACCACCGCCGACGACGAUCAAACCCCAUCGCCGCAAUCACCGCUGUCGCCGUCGCCGUCGUCACUGCCGCCGUCGCGUAAAACCUACGAGCUGACGGCGUGCUCCAUCUACUACGCGAAGCCGGCCGCGCCGUCUCUGAGCGGGUUCCUCCUGACGAGGCCGUGCUGCCGGCCGGCCCCGCCCCCGGACUACAUCCUCCGCGAUGUGUCCCUGACGGCCCGGCCGGGGGAGCUGCUGGCCGUGGUGGGCCCCAGCGGCGCCGGCAAGUCCACCCUCCUCGACAUCCUGUCGGCCCGCACCCUCCCCUCCCACGGCCUCCUCCUCCUCAACUCCCUCCCCCUCCACCCCGCCUCCUUCCGCAAGCUCUCCGCCCACGUCCCCCAGCUCGACUCCUCCCUCCCGCUCCUCACCGUCUCCGAGACCUUCGCCUUCGCCUCCUCCCUCCUCUCGCCCCGCAACAAAUCCACCACCGCGGCUGACGCGGUCGCCUCCCUCCUCUGCGACCUCCGCCUCUCCCACGCCGCCCACACCCGCGUCUCCGGCGGGCUCUCGGGGGGGGAGCGGCGCCGCGUCUCCAUCGGGCUCGCGCUGCUCCGCGACCCCGGGGUGCUCCUCCUCGACGAGCCCACCUCGGGGCUCGACUCCUCCUCCGCCCACCUCGUCCUCCAGACCCUCCGCGCCGCCGCCGCAGCGCGCGCCGCCGCCGUGGUGCUCUCCAUCCACCAGCCCAGCUCCCGCCUCCUCUCCUCCGUCGACUCCCUCCUCCUCCUCUCCAAGGGCUCCGUCGUCCACUUCGGCUCCCUCGCCUCCCUCGACGCCCACCUCCUCUCCCUCGGCCUCUCCGUCCCCGCCCAGCUCAACCCCCUCGAGUACGCCAUGGAGCUGCUCCACCAGCUCCCCCACCCCAAGCCCACUACCCCUUCCGUCUCCCUCCCCCGCAAGCAGGAGGAGACCAAACCGGCCUCGCCGUCGUCGACGUGGGAGACCCCGGCCUACUCGAGCUCCCGCGCCGGCGAGAUCGGGGCCCUCUACGGCCGCUCGUGGAAGGUGGUGUACCGCACGAAGCAGCUCCUCCUCACCAACUUCCUGGAGGCGCUCCUCGUGGGCCUCCUCCUCGGCACCCUCUACAUCAACGCGGGCUACGGCGAGGACGGCGCGCGCAAGCGCCUCGGCCUCUUCGCCUUCACCCUCACCUUCCUCCUCUCCGCCACCACGGAGACCCUCCCCAUCUUCGUGUGCGAGCGCCCCAUCCUCAUCCGCGAGGCCUCCUCGACCCUCGUCUUCCUCCCCUACCUCCUCGCCGUCGCCCUCCUCUACUCCGCCACCGUCUACUUCCUCGCCGGCCUCUGCGCCGCCCCCGCCGCGUUCGCCACCUUCGUCCUCAUCGUCUGGGCCGUCGUUCUCACCGCCAACUCCUUCGUCCUCUUCGUGAGCUCCUUCGCCCCCGACUACAUAGCGGGCACCUCGCUGGUCACGGUGUCCCUCGCGGGGUUCUUCCUCUUCUCCGGGUACUUCCUCACGAAGGAGAGCAUGCCCGCGUACUGGGUGUUCAUGCACUACAUGUCGCCGUACAAGUACGCCCUGGACGCCAUGCUCGCGAACGAGUACGCUUGCGCGGGGGAGAGGUGCUUCGGGUGGGGGGACGACGGGGAGUGCGCGGUGAAGGGGAGGGACGUGCUGGAGCACAGGGGCCUCAGGGCGGAGGAGAGAUGGACGGGGUUGCAGGUGCUCGUGGGCUUCUUCGUGCUUUAUCGGGUGCUCUACUGGGCGGUGCUUAGCCGGAGAGCCUCCAUGUCCAAGAAGUGAAACCAUGCAUGAAUCUUUUCCCCUACGUACGAAUACGUGAGCGCGUACGUACUCUCGCCUACGUACGUAGCUUGUAGGAGUGGACCUAGUCCACCACGUCAUCCGUGGACUUCCAAUCAAAUGUCUUGACUGGAAUGUGUGCGAGAGAUUGCAUGGGGAGUCCUCAUCCUACUUGGUGAACGAGGUCCACACAUUCCUAUCAAUUCCACCGUAUGAUCAUGUAUGGCUAAUUGCAUUGCGGAUCACCUCUGCAUGAAUCAUACGCCGUAUAUUGUGCAUGCAGGGCUCUCUCCUUUCCCCUGCGUCUCUCGUUUUCAAUCGCAUUCCAUGCUUGUGUUAAUCCCUGUCGAGAAUGUCGCCAACAAUCACAAAACAUAAUAAUUUGUAUUAUUAAUUGCUGUUGCGUACGUACCAAAACAGGAAAAAAAAAAUCGAAAUUUGAUCUCACGCUGAGAUGCGAAAUUUCGAGCUCUAAAUGUAAACUAAUAUGAGAUCUAAAACCUCUCAAACUCAGCAUUUGGGAAGUGACAAUCUGAGGUGUCAUUUGUCGUCGCGGAGUGCAUGAGGUCGUGGUAAGAUAAUAGAAAAGAAUUAGCUAACUAAA